AUGGCAGUCGGGACCCAGCCGUGUGACGAUGUUCCAAGCACGACCACCAAAAUGGCAGUCGGGACCCAGACGGGGGACGACGUGGAAAGCACGACCACCACCCCAACCACGAAAAACGAUUGUCAAUCAGUGCCUGUGACCAUUACGUGCCGCCCACCGCGGCCGAGGUCCUCGAUGCGAAAUCCGAUGAUACUGUGGCCAUUCCGCAAACCGCCGUCUACACCAUGUCCGUCACCAUCUCCGUCUACACCGUGUCCGUUGCCACCUCCAUCUCCACCGUCUACACCGUGUCCCUCGCCACCUCCAUCUUUGGUACCGCCAUCAACAACACCCCCGUCAACAACUAUGUCUACACCAUGUCAACCGCCACUUCCGUCACCGCUUCCGUCUCCACCACCGCCAUCAACAAGACUGUCUACGGUAUGUCCGUCAAAAACUCCACGAUCAACAACUCCGUCUACGGUAUAUCCGUCAAAAACUCCACCAUCAACUACUCCAUCUACGGUAUGUCCGUCAACAACUCCGCCUACCCCAUGUCCGUCAUCAACUACCUUACUCACGAAACUACCUCCAUGUACUACAACCACGGACUGCCCAUUUGAUACCAUUGACGAAGAGUUAAAUGAGUCACCAUGGAUGUUACCAGACGUGAAACCACCACCAAUUAGGGUUUGGACCGUAACCACCACAUCGACCAUCCGCCCGACAGCUUCCACCACAUGUCGUCGAUCGUCUAUCGCACGAACAAGACCUAUAAUAUUUGUGCCUGAGGUUGCACGCCGUAACCGUUAUCUAGUAUUUUAA